AUGCCGGACCGGGAGGAAUCAAGAAGCCCGGCGUCAUCCGGGGCUUCCUCCUUACCGCCGCUGUCACCAGCUGAGACGGCCGCCAGGCGCAGCUCACCGGGAUGCGAGAAGCGAGCGCGUGAGCGUGACGGCGGGAAGCACCCGUCGUACCGCGGCGUCCGGAUGCGGGCGUGGGGGAAGUGGGUGUCGGAGAUCCGUGAGCCGCGCAAGAAGUCGCGCAUCUGGCUCGGCACGUUCCCGACGCCCGAGAUGGCGGCGCGCGCGCACGACGCCGCCGCGCUAGUGGUCAAGGGCCCUGCCGCCGUCCUCAACUUCCCGGAGAUGGCCACGGCGCUCCCUCGCCCAGCCUCCGCCGCGCCACGUGACGUCCAGGCUGCCGCGGCCCGCGCCGCCGCCAUGGAGCCAUCUAUGAUGCUUGGCCCCUCUGCCGCGACGACCGUCGCCGCAUUGCCCACCCCGGCGCUAGCCUCCAUGGAGGGGCAGCUGCAAGACGACGAGCUCGAGGCGAUCGUCGAGCUCCCGCGGCUCGACGAGGAUGCCGCCGAGCUGCUUGUGCCGCUCGGCACCGCGCCUUUCUCGUUCCACGACGACGCUACGCAAGCGUCUUGGCGCGACCCAGAGUGGAUCGACCAGGACGCUAUGGCGGCGGCGCACGAUGCCGACGAGCUGUUCGGAUUCGCGCCGGACGGCGACCACGGAUGGGCCCAGCCGGUUGGUACCCUCCUGUGGAACUUGUAA